GCGGCGGCGGCUCCCGGCCGCCAUGAGCAGGAAGCGGAUGAAGUUAUUGGUGGACUCACUGACCCGAUCCUCCAAGCACUUUAACAAAAGCGAAGUGGAAUGUCUGGUGAACCUCUUUGACACGCUGGUGGCCAAGGCCAGCAGCCACUUUGCGGGGGCCGGGUUCGACCGCACCGUGUUCCGAGACACCCUGCACAGCGCCUUUGGCCUGACGGAUGAAGUGAUGCUGGACCGAGUGUUCAGUACUUUUGAUAGAAGCAACACUGGCAGCAUCACUGUGGUGGAAUGGGUGGAAGGCUUAGGAGUAUUACUUCGGGGGACACUGGAAGAGAAGAUGAAAUACUGCUUUGCCAUUUAUGACCUGAAUGGUGAUGGAUACAUUUCAAGAGAGGAAAUGUUUCAAAUGCUGAAAAACAGUCUUCUCAUACAACCAGCAGAUGAAGAGCCUGAUGAGGGAGUUAAGGACUUGGUAGAGAUAGCACUGAAGAAAAUGGACUAUGAUCAUGAUGGCAAGCUUUCUUUUACGGACUUUGAAAAAGCAGUCAGAGAAGAAAGCCUUCUCUUAGAAGCCUUUGGACCAUGUUUGCCAGACAUAAAGAGCAUUAUCGCAUUUGAACAGAAAGUUUUCCGGGAAACUCCUAAAUAAGAACUCCAAAUUGUAACUCCAUUGCUGAGUACUGUUAAACGGGGUCUUUGUCUUCACCAUUCUUCAUGAUACAGUAAAAACAGUAAUAGUUUCAACUUGCUCCUAAGCUUCCGUAGUCCUUUGUGUUACAGCUAUUGAAUAAAUUAAUUUACUUUUGUAAGUCUACCUAAA